AUGGAAGAUCCCCAUUCAUCCCUGCAACAUCGACACCACCCAGUGCGGACAACCGUCAAAGAUACAUAUCAGCAAGAGUGCGCUCCCGCGGAGCCAUCCGUUGACUCCUCUGUACAAUCACUGCGGUUUCCUCGACCUCAAGGCAGCCAGAUCCUGGCCAACUGGGUAGCUUCCAGAGCUCCAGCCAUCAUGCUGCCCUCACUUCACUCUGACGACACCAACCUGACCGAUUCCACCUUCGAGCUUAUCAGCACCGACGGUGAGAGUCAAGAUGGCCGCUACACGGAGUCUAUCACCGACUCGCUCGAUAUAUACCCUCCCACAGACGAGGUACGGAGCCUGAACGGCAAUGAGACCCAUCAGGAAGAGCGCGGCGGCUCGGACGAAGAUGAAAAUGAACGACAGUCCAGAUCAGACUCUAUUCGCUAUGCCGAAGAGGUGCUGGAGCAUCCUUCUACCCACUCACUGCGUGCGACCCCACCACCUCCCGCUGUUCUCGACGAGGUCGACUAUAUUGAACCAUCCAUAUCGUCACUUCGCCAGUCAAUCGAGUUCACCGAACCUCUGGAUUCUCUUGACUCGGCCAAGAUUUCGGUUAGCCACACGAUCCACGAGCCGGACCAGGGAGAGACCGCUACCAUUAGCGAGUCUCUUGGCCUCAAGGUCCCCGAGCGAAUGGUUAUCGCCGUCCGCCAGAUGAUGUCUAACCAGUGCCUCUCGACCCGGGAGCCCCUGAGGCUCCUGUUUGUUGGCAGCGAUGCUGGCAAACAUGAUAUCAUCUUGAAGAUUUCUUCAGCUGUCUUGGCGUCCUCCAAAGCAUACCGAGGCGGAAACGUCUUUGGGAGGAGCGUGAACGGUCUCUUCAACAUCCUGCCCAUUUCCGGAUUCGGCUCAACGAAAAUCCCUGAUGUCCAGCUCACCGAGAGUUCGGACUAUCAAAUCAUGGUGGAGUGUUGCAGCUCUGCUGGGCAAGUGCCCACCGACGAUCCCGAUGCUCUCGACGCAGCCUCGUUCUUUGUCACCAUCGACAACGAGAAGACUUAUACAUCUCUGGACCUUGACGAGGGUCGGAUAAUCGAGCCCUCGUGGCACCUUCCCCAUGUCGCCAUCUUCUUUGUCUCAGGCAACGACAACCAGGAGGCAAUGGCGACGAGGAAUGCGGCCUGGGAAUUCAUGACGCGCCACGGCCGUCCUUCGAUCUUCAUCUCGAACGAGCAAUACUGUUCUACUAACUGCUUGCCCAGGCAAUGGGCCCACUGUAUCGGCGAGGGCGCUGCCUAUCUAAGCAUUGAAGCACGAGAUCCCAACCGGCAGGUCGAAGUUGCUCUGCCAAUUGACUUGAGGUCUUUCCUCAACAUCGAUGCCCGGCAGAUGAACAGGAACCUGGCUUAUCUGACGGGGCUCCGCGAAGAUGUUUCCAGUGAGACCGAGGAGGUCGAGCUAAGCAAGCUCCCAAAAGCACGUAUGUCUCCGCAUUCGUGGUUCGCGUCGAGGACGGAGCUGCCGCUCAUGGUUAUUGCUGCCCUAUUGACCUUGUCGUCGAUCUACUUGGGAAUAUUCCUGCCGAAGAUCCUUCUUCCCGCUCAGGACGGUUCUGUGUCCACGAAAUUUGCAGGUCCAUCCUCGGUGGCCCAGCCUCUGUCCGCCACCUGCUCGGUGCCUACAAAGAUUCCGACCGUUACUAUCCAUGUAUCGUCCACCAACACGAUCACACCGCGAGUCCAGGAGCCCUCGACUGCCAACAUUGCUGCCCACCUGCCUUUUGGUGGAUUUCUGUCCGACAAAGCUCAGAGCCUGACGCCAGAGCAAGAGCCCCGGGCGGCCUGCGAAAUCGAGGUCCACGGAAGCAACGAGAUCCUCGUCAAGGUACCCUCGGGUACCAAGACUUCCUGGCUUGCAAGAGGAGCCAUCGAUAUCGACGUCUGGCGUGGCAAAGAGCUCCUCAAAUCCAAGUUGUCCACGACGGAUGAAGGUAUCCUCAUUGAGAUCAAUAAGAAGGAUGCCUACGGCGUUAUGAACGUCUCUGUCGUCACGACUCGCAAGCCAAAGAUCAAUGAGACUUUUGCCAUUGACUUUGGUAAGCCCUUGAUCGCUGGCAUGAUCGAUGCUGGUGCAGACUUCUUCAACAGCUUGAAGGACACGGUCACAGGCGCCACUGAAGAUGCGGCCGAAGCUGGUAAGGCCGCUUAUAACAAUGCUGCGGCAAUCUUGAACUUGUGCCGGGAGGACGCGGCUGAGUUGUCUCGCUCCGUCGAGGAGUCACGAAAGUCGUUCAACCAAUACUUGGACCACGCUGGGGAUUUGGCGUUCACCCGUAUCCGCGAUUCUGUCUCUGCCGUGAACCUGUACACGGCCAUGGCGAACACGAAGAAGCAAAUCGCUACCAAGGCUGCGCCCACGGCUGAGGCCAUGGUCGAUGCAGCGCAGCUACGCCUGCUAAAAGCCCAGAUAGCUUCCAAGCUCUGGUGGCUCAAGGUCCAGGGCAAAGAAGCCGAACACGACGAGUACGCAGCCAAGGCAGAGUCUUUCAUCCUGCAAAAGACGGCCGAGAGUCAGCGAAAGUGGGCGUCCGCAAGGGGUGCGUCCAAGCACAAGACACCUUGCAAGCCCGGCAGUUUCUCAUGGGGUAGGUGUGCCUGCUCGGGUAAGCGGGGCACGAAGGGCAAGUGGAAGAUGGCUGGCUAA